AUGAGGUCUAAGUUUAAGGACGAGCACCCCUUUGACAAGCGCAAGGCUGAAGCGGAACGGAUCCGUCAGAAAUAUCCCGAUAGAAUUCCGGUCAUAUGUGAAAAGGUCGAAAAGUCUGACAUUGCUACGAUUGACAAGAAGAAAUAUCUUGUUCCCGCUGAUUUGACUGUCGGCCAAUUCGUUUAUGUGAUUCGGAAACGUAUCAAGCUCAGCCCAGAAAAGGCGAUUUUUAUAUUUGUUGAUGAGGUUUUGCCGCCUACAGCAGCGCUUAUGUCGAGUAUUUAUGAAGAACAUAAAGACGAAGAUGGAUUUUUAUAUAUAACUUACUCUGGUGAGAAUACCUUUGGCUGUUAA